UCGCACUGGGAGCGGCGCGACGCGAAGGACGAGCUGAUGAGCGUGUUCAUUGGUGAUGUGUCUGGCAUGUUCUACACGACGCUGACGCUAUCAAUAUUUGAGGACAUGAAAUUUUACAAAGCAAACCUCAGCAUGGCGGAACCGAUGAGCUGGGGCAAGAAUGCCGGCUGCAGUUUCCUCACCGACAAGUGCGUCAAAAAGGGCGUUACCGAGUACCCCAACAUGUUCUGCACGGAGUCGAAAACGGCUCUGCAGUGCACGUCUGACCGCUUUGCGCUUGGCAAGUGCACAGUGCGCACUUUCGACCAGCGCCUUCCCGAGCGCUAUCGCUUCUUUGAGAAGCCAAAGGUCGGUGCGCCCAGCAGCGAGCUGAUGAACCACUGCCCCGCGAUCAAACCACUUGCAUCAACGUCGUGCGAAGAUGGUGAUUCCACGCAGAUGCCCGGCAGUCUCCUGGGCCCACGGUCACGGUGCCUGAAGGGAGAGUCGCUGGAGCUGAAGGAACCGUCUGCAGAGAACAAGCCCAUGGGCGACAUCUGCGCGAAUGUGAGGUGCGGGGAGAACAACACGGUGAUGGUGCAGUACAAGGGUGAUGAUAAUUGGUACGAAUGUCCUGACGGUGAAAACAUCAAACCCUCGGAGAAAUCCGUAUUCAGCAAGGGAAUGAUCGUGUGCCCCAAGUACCACGAGGUGUGCACGGGUCUGCCGGAGAUCACUCCUGACGACGCUGUUGAGAACAAGGAAACUGAAAAGAGUGAGGAUGGCCAUGAGAGUGUCGGAAGCGCAGAGCAAGGUGAAGAUAGCAAUGACGCCGGCAUAUUCGAAAACAGUGGUGAUGAUGAGGAAGAAGCAACCUCAUCUUCUGUUGUGCGAGAGCUGCCUACCAAGGGUGACGAGUUGGCAGAAAAAUACGCCAUCGUCACAAGGGAGGGUCAAGACUGGCAGCCAAUCCGCAUCCACGUCUCCGCAGAAGCUGUGGAUGCCGCAGUGGAGAAAUGCAAGGACUGGGCGGCAAAGGCCACUGAGAAAAAUAUCCGUGGUGAUACAUUUGACCCUAAUUACGUUGAGCUCGUGUAUCCAGAAGCAACUGAACACUGCAGUGAGGAGACCCUUAUUACGGCAGAUAAGAAGAAAACCCUUGUGGAGAAGCUCCUCCCUGCCGCCAUCAAGCUGCACAGUGAACGUCUCUCAGUGCAUCCUGUGCAGGGAAAUCUGGUUUUGCAUAAAACAUUGUUUGAGGGUGAUGCACCUUGCUCGUUCUUCAAACCGCCUGAAGGGCACCACAGUACAGGUGUCCCUGGGGCAGAUUUUGUGCUUUAUGUGACCACUAACAAGAAGAGCAAUGAGUCUGUGAAGAUUUGCGCUUACGGUUAUGGUCAUCGCCCGAUUGCCGCUGUGAAGAACUUCCUCCCGAGUGAGAUUGGCGAGACGAGGCGCUUGGUUCGCAUGGCCGCACACGACAUUGCACAUGCACUCGGAUUUGAUACCCGACGAAUGGAAAGAAUUGGGAUGAUAUACAGACCCAAGCGGAGCAGCAAUUCCACAAUGAGUUCCGGUGGUUUAAUUUAUUUUGUGAGAUCUCCCAAUACAAAAGAGGUGGUGAGGAAACACUACGCGUGCGAGAAUAGCACAAAUGGCAUGCGUUUGGACAUGGAAUCCAACACGGUCCCAUCCUCGCACUGGAAUCGCCGUAUAGCAAAGGAUGAGCUGAUGAGUACGUACGGUGAUGAGAGCUCCGGCAUGUUUUAUACAGCGCUGACUCUUGCAACGUUCCAUGAUAUGAAGUUCUACCAAGCCAAUUUCAGCAUGGCUGAGUCGAUGAGCUGGGGUAAGGGCGGAAAAUGUCUUGUAUUCAGAAAAUAUGAGGAGGAAAAACUUAAAAAAUCGCAUUCCAAAAUACUCUGUAAGGAGGAACCAAAUAUGCUGCAGUGCACGUCGGAUCGCUUUGGGCUUGGGAUAUGUGCGAGGACGAAUUUCUCACAUGCGGUGCACGGCGACAGAAUCUCUACCCCGGAUGACUAUCCUAAGGAAACAAAGUGGUACAAACCCUAUUGGCCUGUUGUCCAGACGUCCCCAACAACUGCAUGUGAAGGCGGAAAUGAAGAGCUGAUGCCCGGCAGCCGCCUGGGACCACAGUCGCGGUGCCUGACAACCGAAUCGCUGAAGGUUAAGAACGGUACAUUAUCAUACAAAUCUGUUCAAGGCAUUUGUGCAAAUGUGAAGUGUGACAAUGAUACUGUACGCGUGCAGUACAAGGACGACGAAACCUGGCACUUGUGUCCUCAAGGACAAACGAUUGAUGUAACGGGGUCUGCAUUCAGCGGGGGAAAGAUUCAGUGCCCCAAAUACAGUGAGGUAUGCUCAAGGGAGCCGAGUUCAGCCGGCGUCACCGUGUUUACGCCUGUCGAUAUCAAAGAGAGUACAGGAACCCACGGCAGCAGCAGUGCAGCAAGUACACGAUCUGACAAGGGCAAGGACCUACCGAAGAGUUUUCAUGGCUACAUGUUACCACCCGAAGUGGAACACCUCACCGAGGAGGAGCGCGCCAUGUACCGUGAGCAUUUUCGGGCCAACGGCGGCCUUGACAGCAGCAGUACAACGACACUCAUGACUUCGAUUCUUGCUUUACUGUGUCUCGCUGUUGCCAUUCUGGUGACCCCAUAA